AUGGCUGCUACUCUGAGCGCGAACAUCAAUGCUCUAAUGCCCUCAGAGAAUUGGGACGACGACUUCGAAUUCAACCCCCAUGACAUGAACAAGCAUAACAAUAAACGACCAAACGACCAUUACCACGAAUUUAACCCCCAAACACCACCCUCCACGUCUCGCAUGAGUAUUGUCAGCUCUCAGUACACUCAGGAAGAUUGGGAUGCCGACUCUAGGCAGGCAUCCCCGCAGCAAAGCACCAAGGUCAUUUCGAGUUCAAGUAGAAAGAUACCCUCUGGAUCCCCGACACGUCGCUCUCACGAUACCGAGAAUUGGGACGACGAAUCUCAUACCUCCCAAGCUGCCAUUCGGUUGACUGUUGGGGACCGGACUUCCCCAACUUCAAUCACUCCAUCUCGCAAGCAACACCAAUACACACCACCGCCACCUACUGCCAUUGGUGUCCUCACCGACAAGAAGAAUCUGAAGACCCCUCCCCCUUUGGAAACGUGGGCUGAACCUGGCCCUUCUACACCCUCAUCAAAGCGCGCUUCCAUCAACUCUAACUGCUCUGGUUGCGCUGCGGUAAGGGAAACGGAGAACUGGGACGAUGACUUUGAUCUAGAUAAACCUGAUUCACCUGCCCGAUUGUCAGUCAAGAAGGGUGUCAAGCCUAGAGCGACUAAGAAGGCCCAAUUAGUGGAGAGCUGGGAUGACGAAUUUUCUUUGACGCCUUUGCGUGGAACCCCAUCUAAAGGUCCCUCUGCAAAAUCCCGAUUAUCAUCUUCCCCGAGUCGGAGUCGGGUCAACGCAACUGGUCGUGCUGCCCAUCUGGAGUACUCGUCAUCAUCCGAAUCGGAGGAUGAACUUCCACGACCAUUGCACUACCCUUCCCCUCAACACAACCUCUACGGUGGGCAAGAGCAAGAAGAUGAUGACCUCGGAGAAUUUGGCCACGUUCCCAAGCACCACAAUUCCGACGAGGAAGAAGACCGCACUGUGACUGCGCGAACGCGACAUCGCCUUGCCCGUCAGUCCAUUUCCCUCGCCAACUCAUCGCCACCUCCACCUAUGCCCUCCCUACCCCUCUUCGCGCGCCCAUUUCCACGUUCCCCCACCUCUUCUGUAUUUUCCGUUCCUGCUACAACCCAAACACACUCCUCCUACAACUCUACAACACACCUCCGACCAACAAUAUCGCGUUCAUCUUCAGGUGCCGGUCGUUUGGCAGGUCUCCCACCAUCACCUCCAAUACACAAGGAGAGGGAACGCAGGAGGUUAAGGAAGAAGAGCCGGCCUCACAAUGUGCCCAACCCGCAAAUGUACGAACUGACAGCUGUACGGCCACAGCCUUAUGCAAUGCCAAAGUCCUUUUCUGACGGAGAGCUGGAAAUCACUGAACACGAAGAGGAUGUACACCGCCCCAGAACCCCAUCUCCCCCACCUCCAAUCUCGAUCCCCUCAACGCCCUAUGGUGGAGGCAAUGGACCAACGCUCCUUGCAACUCCCCAGAGCCACAUCAGGGCAGGUGCAUUGCUGAGCCGCAUUGGGAGCGUGAAGAAGAAAUGGAGUGUGGGAGGAAGAAAGAGAGGGGCAAGUGUAACACCUGCCGAAGUUGUGCAAGACUGCAGUCAAACAUCGCAAGACUCUCGAGGCCAGAGCACCCACACACCUCGUCCCCAAUCCUCGCUCUCCUCCUUACAAAGACACACCCCACCUCCACCCACAUCAAACUUGUGGUUUUUUCGGGGUCAUGGGGCUAGUGGGCGGGAAGAGGUGGCGGACAGCCGUGCAGCGGUAGGCGGAAGUCGCAGCGGGAGCAUGACUGAUCUCUCUCUGCGUGAAUCCGAAGUGCCCUCCGGGUCCAAGUUGGGCAAAGAGCGAGAGACAGCUAAGCUGGUGAAGAGGAAGAGCUUGGGCUUCGUACAUCUACGACGAGGCCACGUUCCUCCGUCCUCAUCCCCAAACGAGCCUGCAGAAACAGGGAGGAAGCAGCUGGGCAAGAGGCCAAUUUCAAUGCAGACAAGCUCACCAUCUCCGGCUUCUCACCGAGAUCAACAAACUCAGCGGCAUGUAUCAUAUGCCCAUGCCAAGGGUGUGCGUGAUCGUGAAGCUGAAGAGAUGGAGCGGGAAGCAGAGAAACGAAAAGGAGAACAGGAGAAGGAGAAGGAAGAGGGCAGUAGGAGUUUUAUGGGGAGCGUUAGACGGAUUAGUCUCGUUGGGGCUAGGAGACAUCAAAGGACGAAGAGCGGCGUUUCGCUCAGUGGAGUCGUGGCAACAAUUGGAGCAAUGGGCACAACUGGCCCCAGGCGAGGGAGCUUGGAUGGAAAUAAGGUAUUGGACGGCCAAGUGACAGGUGAAAAGGAUAAAAAUCAGGCCAAUUCUGGCCCAAGUUCCAAUGUCAACAGGAACACGAAGCAUCUUUCUCCCAAUGCUACCCCAACCGCAAUCAAGAAGGCUUCAAGCUGCCCACCUACCGAACUCCUCCCGCCAAUCGAGCUUCAGCCUCCCUCCCCUCCAAGAGUCAAGCUUUCGAUUCCUAGAUUGCCGUCGAAUUCAACUACUUCUGCUGCGACCAAACCCCCUACGAUACCAAAUAGCAACUCUCUUCCAACAAGAAGCCACGUUUCUGACAUCCCCACCCUCAAAUCCCCUCCAACCCCAAGUUCAAGCGUACUCAAAGCACCCACUACUCCUGGGCGUCGCCCCUCCCCUUCUUCUCCUACAAACAAGUCGCCUUCAUCUCCUCAGUCAGCAUCUCUAGGUCGAACUGCUGCUCUUCCGAGUGGUGCUGAACCAAGCAGUUCAGGGAGUGUUAUAGGUGCGGGUAGUGUUCCAAGACGCAACUCCUUGGGUGACCUAAAAAUUCCUGCGAGGAUCAGUCAGGCUCAGGUCGGUCUGAGGAGGGAUCUAGGUAUGGUUAGAGAAUUUGCAGCAAAUAUUGAACAACUCAAAGAGCUGCAACAAACAUACCAUACCCUUGUGCUUGAGGUGCAAUCCAUUCUCGAUAUGCACGCGCAACUUCACGCUACCAGCUCCACUGCUCCGCCGUUAGAAAGAGCCACAUCUCCGACUCUCUUCUCAUUGAAGAAGACACGGCCUCGGUCCAAUACCAAUCCUACUGCAAGCCCACGACCCUCACUUUCUCAGCUAGCCUACAAAGAGCUAGCAUCCGCAUUCUAUACGAUUAACUCCAAGUAUCGUAUUUCAUGGGAGUGUGCAGAGCUUCUUAUCGAGCUUGGGAGCGGCAGCGCUGGUAGCACCGGCCCUCCAAGCAGUGUUUCUGUCCCCGUCAUGCAUGGAGGAUCAGAGAGAAACACUGUUGGAAAGGGAAGAGAGAGAGCAAUUACCCUGGCUGGAGAUGAGUCAAAGCCUCCAACCCCAAGACCUGGUCAACUAUCUUCCACUGACCUCUCCAAUCUGGGACGUGGGCCGCCCUUUGCCAGCCCACCGAGUUUGGCGUGGAGGGCAUCAACGGGGAGGCAUGAUCUCAGUCAGAGACAAUUGGUAUUGCUCAGGGAAAUGCUCAACAAUGCUGAUGCAUCCAUCGUUUCUGAGGACUCGCCUCAUCUUUCCAUCCCCGAAGAGCCGCCAUCCGCUGUGUCACCCAAUGAUACACUCCAAGUAAACAGGGAGUGGAGGUGGGGUGGGGAUGCGAUGAGCAGUACCAUCACACUCCCCUCCGAAGAGAGCACUCGGCCCCAUCGGACUCCUGCUGUGGAUGCCAACAAGAAGCGCAGAAGCAGCCGGCUCGGAAUGAGUGGUAUCAGGGACAUGCUGAGGGCGUUGAGGAGGAACAAUACUGACUCCAUUCUUCCCAUUGUGCCACCUCUUCCGCCUCCGCCCAUGCCGGCGUCUUCUACGUCUUUGAGCACCGAUUCUUCAUUUGAUGGCCACAGCCAGCAUCGAUAUGCUCAUCCUCGAAUAUUUACUCAAGGCUCUAGGAGACGGCCCAAGGGAAGUACUGGUCCAGAUUCCCUCCGUUCUACACGAGACGCGAGGCCUAUAUCACCAUAUAAUCCUUCGUCGUUAUCUGCUAAACCAUCCCCUCGCCGCCCCUCGUUGGCAUCUAUCUUCCGCCUAGGCACAAAAAAUAGGCUACCCACUCCACCAAAUGCCACCUCGACGAUGGAUAGGGGGGAGAGUAAUAACAUGAUCUCAUCGAUGACCAGUGUAAGUACAGGGGAAGAAGACUGGGAUCGUAUGGACUCUGCGUCGGAUUUGGACGCCGCUGCUAAGGCAUUGGGGAUCCCUGUAGACGGAGCCGCAACAUUAAAGGGAGGCAGGAAUAAACUCAAGAGCAAAGGUCGUUCACCUUACCUUCAGCACGAACCCUCAGUUACUGGGUCGUUCAUCGCACAACUCACGCCAAAACGGUCUGCAAGUGGGUCUCAAUCCUCCAUUUGGGGUGGCGGAGGUGGAGGCGAUUCCCCAUCAAACCAAGCUGUCGCACAAUCCCGCUCCACUCGGCUUUCUAACGUGGAGGAGCACGGGGAUGAUCAUCGACUGGCUUGUGUUCCCCCUGUGCCUCCACUUCCUUCUUCGCACGGUGGUGAUUCAAGUCCGUCGAACUCUCGACGAAUGACCCGUGCAGGGCCUCCAGCUUCCGGCUCAGUUCGAUCCAUGCCCCAACAUCCUGUCGUGCCAUUGCCGGACCCCAAGCUCGCGAUGACACCGGAGAACAUCAAGCCUUUGCUGGAGAACGCCAAGGAAGUGCACUCACGGUUGAACGAGUGUAUCACGGAGAUUCGGGGGUUGAUGCAAGGAGGUGCAGGGCAGGGCUUGAAGUAG